AUGCGUGAGUUUCUGAACCAGGUCCAGCCGGCAGCUUCGGUGAGGGACAGCUUCUCGUGGAAAUUGAAUGCUGAAGGUGUGUUCACGGUUAAAUCCGUUUAUGAUAGGUUUUUCUGCAAACUUUCUGGGCCUGCUUUACACUCGUCUGUAGCCAAGGCAGCAGCCAAUAUUUGGAGUUUUAAAGUCCCAGCAAAAUUGCAAUUUUUUGGUUGGCGAGUCAUUCACAAUCGGAUAGCAACGAAUGAUCAAUUGUGUAAACGGGGAAUUUUGGAUUCUAAUGAUUUGUUAUGUGUCUUUUGCAAAAUGAAGGAGGAUUCUUUACAUCAUCUUUUAGGAGAUUGUGAGAUUGUAGGUGGUAUUUGGAAGAAGGUUCUUAUGUGGAUUAAUUACGGGCCGGAGUUGUCGUUGAAGGAUUUAGAAGGUUUUCCUUUUAUUUUGAAUAAGGUGAAUUGUUUGGCUAAGAGAUCUGUGAUGGCGGUUAUCUGGUUGGCUUCAAUUUGGUGUAUAUGGUUGAGACGUAACGCCAUAAUCUUCAAGGAAGACAACUUUAGUUUCACCGAAGUCUAUUCGGAUAUUGUCGUUUUGUCUUGGUGUUGGAUUAGAUCUUACUUUAAAAUAGCUGCUUGUUGUAAUUUCUAUUAUUGGAAUACUUCUCCUCUUCUUUGUGUGGAGAAGUAA